GCAUGUUUUGGUGGCGUGAAGUGGAAUUCCUGAGAGCUGUGAUUAUCUCAACAUGCAAUCACGCCGCUACUCGGGGAAUUUGUUCGCCGAUCCUGGAAAGGAUCAGUGUGAGAUGCUCGGUGAAAACGACAAAAACAGACCACCGAUCGCAACGACUACGAAUUGCAAUACGUGGCAAACAGCGGACACCAUACUGACGGCAUUCGGGACACCGUCGGUGGAGCCGCCGCCGCUCCGAUUGAUGUUUCCGGUAAUCUCAUCAACAACGAUUGACCCCAGCUAUGAUCAGCUACAAGCACCCGGUUCGUUUCAAGAGACCCAUCCAAUUUGUAAGCCUGCCAAGAGGCCAAGAUGCUCAACGCCAGCCGAUGAGAUUGUGGUGUCGAAUGGCGAUGUGUUUCACAUUCGUUUCAUUGACGAACCACCAAUCGACGAAGGUUUACCGUCCUCUACGUGCCCGAUAGUACAACCAGAUGGUCAGUUGUUCGAUGGAGCAGAUGGGAGCUACACAUACACCGUCGAACCCGCGGUGGACCGUGAUUGGAUCAACUACGACGAACUGCCGAUGCUGAGUAAGCUUAAUUCUGCAGCACCAGUCAGUGACAGCGAAACCGCACUUGCAACUGUUGAAGUGCACGAUAGUGGCGCAUUGUGCUGCCCAUCGUUGCUUAUCUCAGCAGAAUCUUCUGGAUGGCCAGCAACUGAAGCGACCCUCAUGCACAACACGCCAGCGCUAUCAGUAGAACCGGCAGCAUGCCGUGCGAAACGUGCGGAAGUUAGCAGUCCAAGGAAGCGUCGCAAUCGCCGUCAUAAGACCAAGGCGCCGGCUACUAACGGUAUCGAUAGCAACGGCGGUUGGCAUGAUUUUCGCAAUUACUGUGUCGAGUGUACCAAGUUCUUCCCCACGGCCGAAGAUUUGGAGCUGCACAUGGAGUCCUACCAUCGUUUAGUUGGUGAUCGGCCACCACCCACUGCCAGUAUGUUGCACGCCGAUGAUCUCGCUUUAAACCACGUGCCACACGCCAGAGAAAUGGAAUCGUUCUACACAGGCCUCUUCCAAAGAAGUGCGAACAAACUUCGCUCAAUGAUGAGCGAGGAUACACCGUAUAAUGUGAUGUAAGCAACGUGCUUAAUGAUUUGUGAACUUUGUUGCCAUUAAUUGGAUUAUUAUUAUAUUGAAUUAUUGCGUUUCCUUCAAAUGCUCAAGGAAAGCUAGAGCUCGGCAUUAGUUACCAUAAGGAUGUGAAGAUGAAAUGUGAAGACGUACAGGCCAUUAAGAAGGGCCAACGAAUAAAGCAAGCUUUUUUGGAUUU